AUGUCAUUAAAGACGGGCUUGGCUUAUGGCCGAGUAUGGCAUCUCGUGGAUGCAAAGGACAAAGUGCUGGGUAAACUUUCCCAGCGAAUCAGCAUCGCCCUGCGAGGAAAAUACAAACCUAUCUUCCACCCUUCUAGUGACUGUGGUGACUAUGUGGUGGUAGUCAAUGCCCGGCACUUGGCCCUCACUGGCAAGAAAGCCGCGCAGAAGAAAUAUUUCUGGCACAGCGGAUGGCCAGGAGGUGUCACGGAACUUACAUACGAUAAGUUUUCAGCGGAGCAUCCUACCGGACCGUUGAAAAAAGCAGUAUAUGGCAUGCUGCCUAAAAACAAUCUACGAAAGGUGCAAAUGGGUCGACUGUUCAUUUUCGCCGAUGCGGAUCAUCCCUACGAGAAGAAUAUUUUUCGCGAUUAUGAGAACGGUGCUGCACAAAUCGAUCUGGAUUCGGAGAUAGAAGCGCCAAAGAAGGACUGA